AUGCCUGUCAUAUGACUGUGACACCCAUGGAGACAGUUACAAGGAACAAGACUCGCUCUUGGAUUUGAAAAGGAGAGAUCUUCUGUAACCAAUUCAUUUUGGUGCAAAAUGCCUCCGACUCUCUUCCAGAAACUUUUUAACAAGAAAAAUGCGUUUCCGUCGCCGCCGCCGCGAUCCAGCAAGGAGGACCCAGCUUUCAGCUGGCCACUGCCCCAGCUUGAGCCCAGCCAAAUCAGGCUGAUCGUGUACCAGGACUGCGAGAGGCGGGGCAGAAAUGUCCUCUUCGACUCCAAUACCAAAAAGAGAGGAGCAGAGGAACCCUCCAUCACCAGCGCUGAGGGCCAGGUGAAGAUGUUCGGGAAAUGCUGUCAGCUUCGUCCCACAGGCGGUAGCAGCAGUUCGCUGGACAGCUCCUCCUCCUGCGCGUCAGAAACCAAGGAAACCAAGGAGCAGGGUCUCCGCUUCCAGGGUUCAAGAUGUUCGUCAGAUGUGGUGAUGUUGGGGGAAAUGAUGUUUGGCUCUGUUGCCAUGAGCUACAAAGGCUCCACGCUGAAAAUCCACCAGAUCAGAUCACCACCUCAGCUGAUGCUGAGCAAGGUGUUCACGGCCAGGACGGGCAGCAGCGUGUACGGCAGUCUUAACACCCUGCAGGACAGCCUGGAGUUCAUUGGACAGGACAACAACACUCUAAGGCCGGAUCAAAACACUGGGCCCAACAGCCUCCUAGGAAACAUAGGAUUCUCUCAGCUCUGCAGCCCUCGCCGGGCCUUCUCUGAACAAGGCCCUCUGCGCCUGAUCAAGAGCGCAUCUUUCUUUUCAGGCCACAGCCACCCCAUGGACAUGCCCGGCCGCGGGCUGUACGACGAGAGGGACAGUGGCAUCGCCAGGUCAGCCUCCCUAAGCAGCCUGUUGAUCACACCCUUUCCGUCUCCUGGCUCCUCGCUCACCAGCAGCUGUGCGUCCAGCUACCAGCGUCGGUGGCUUCGCAGCCAGACCACCAGCCUGGAGAACGGCGUUUUCCCCCGAUGGUCAGUGGAGGAAAGCUUCAACAUGUCCGAUGAAAGCGCAGGGCCGAACCUCGGCGUGGCUCGGAAAAAGAAAAUCGCCAUCGGGGUCAUUUUCACUCUGUCCCCCAAUCUGGAGGAGAACAACCGCUUCCAGGAUUUCUUCUUCUCCCACUUCCCUCUGUUUGAAAGCCACAUUAACAAACUGAAGAGCGCCAUCGAACAGGCCAUGAAGAUGAGUCGGCGGUCAGCUGAUGCCAGCCAGAGGGCCUUGGCUUAUAGCCGGAUGGUGGACGGACUCAACGAGUUCAGGAUGACCAUCUGCAACCUUUACACCAUGCCGCGGGUGGCUGAGCCCGUCUGGUUGACUAUGAUGUCUGGAGCAUCAGAGAAGAACCAGCUUUGCGGACAAUUCAUGAGGGAGCUGUCACUGCUGAUGGAGCAGGCCUCUAAGAACCAGUUCCUCCCUGCAUUACUGACGGCCAUCCUGACCAAUCAUCUGGCCUGGGUGCCCACCGUCAUGCCAAAUGGACAGCCGCCAAUCAAGAUCUUCCUGGAGAAACACUCUUCGCAGAGCGUCGACAUGCUGGCAAAGACACACCCCUACAACCCACUGUGGGCACAGCUAGGGGACCUGUACGGGGCCAUUGGGUCGCCGGUGCGGCUGUCGAGGACUGUGGUGGUCGGCCGCCGACAGGAGCUGGUCCAGAGACUCCUCUAUGUCCUCACGUACUUCAUCCGCUGUUCUGAGCUGCUGGAGACCCACAUGCUGGACAGUGCUGAGGACGAGGCCAUCGUCAUGCCUGGGUCCCUCAUUACCACCUCCCUAAGGAAAGGGGAGGUGGAGGAGUCGGAAUAUGUCCUGGUUACCGUCCACAAACCCAGUGGGGACUACUUGUCCCAAGGCGCUCAUGACCGUCAGUCAGAGGCAGAGGACAGUAGCUGCCCUUCAGACAGCCUCCAGAGCAGCAUAUACACAGAUGCUGAGGGGGAGCAUGGUACAGACGAUACGCCCAAAGAGGAAGAUGAGGAUGAGGAAGACGAAGACGAGGACAGCAGUGAGAGCCAAGGGUCCAGGAGCAGUCUUCUUCAGACAAGACACAGCCAAGGCACAAUUCCUGUCAUCAGGACUGUGGAAGCAGCCGAACCAGGGGAGCUGCGGAGGGAAGCCAGCAGCCCGGUGGGAACAGAGGCCCGGUUGGAGACUGUGUUGCGGGUUGGCUCGGCCUCCCCCAGGGACCAGGUCUGUGCGGUGGAGGCGGAGACUAAAUCGGACCUGAAGCCUGGCACUCUGUCCGUACCCACAACAUUUGCAUCCGGUUCCUUCCCGAUUCCUUCACCGACAGAGGGUAGAAACUCUGAAGCAGGAAUAGAUGCAGGAUCAGGAUCCCAGACCAGCAAGGUGCCGGGUCCACGACUGGUGAUUCAGUUAGAGAAGAAACCCCCAGAUAAGACCAUCGCUGCUGCUAUGCCGGUACCAGUUACAUCAGUUAACCUCAUGUCGGGGCCCAUGGCCCUAACAGAGGAUGGAGAACUAGCAACGAAAGUCAAGUUCCUCAUUGGAGACUCCAUGUCUCCUGAAUCAGACACAGAGAGCAGCAGAAGAAAGAUGAAGGAAGAGAUAAAAAAACACAAGAAAAACAUCAAGGACAAACAUCCACAUGACCAGCAGCUGCUGCUAAAUCAGCAACAACAUCAGCAUCAAGGACAACAUUUUUAUCAGCAGCAGCCAAGAGCAGCUGAUUCAACGCCCAGCAACAUCAGCGCAUCCGAAGACCAAACCAAACAGACCAGGGGGGCUCCAGCCCUGCAGCGGGUGUCUAGUAAGAUGCCCCAAUGGAGCCCAAACUGUAUGGAGGAGUUCGACGAGUAUUUCAGUGUAGAUAACCCUGUGGAGACUAGGACUAUAGAUGAUGUGGCCAAACAGCACGAGGCCAGCACCAUAGACAGUUUAAACAAGGACUUGCUGGACCCUUCGGGGGCUCUCCAACAUUGUGACUCAGGAGGUCAUAGCUGUCAGGGAGUCGCCAGGGGUCAGCGAUCAGGUGGUAGAGGGGUGGGGUCCACUAGGAAGGAAGACUUGUUGUUGGAGAUCCAGAGGAGGUGUAGGUGUGGGUCUACAGACUCGUCCGACACCUGCUGCUGUGGGGGUUGUUCUGCAGAGCAGGACAAGGGUUUGGUGUUGUCGGUCCCCGUCCGCCCGGAUGGAAGCAACAGCAAAGAGGACCAAAAGCGCAAGGAGGCUCCUGUGAACGACUGGGAGAUCCCCCGCAACGAGAGCUCAGACAGCGCUCUGGGAGACAGCGAGAGCGACGAGACGGAGGACUGGCAGGAGGAGAUGCUGGUUCCAUUCCCCGGAUCAAAGUUGGUGGAGAACUACUCCAAACCAACCAUUGCCAACUUUGGCCGCUCUCUCUUUGGAGGCUACUGCCUCACCUACGUGCCAGACUUUGUACUGCAGGGGAUGCCCAGUGACGAGAAGCUACGGCAGAGCCUCACGGCAGAAUUAACCCAUGCGGUUCAGCAUCCGGUACUGGAUGAGCCCAUCGCCGAAGCCGUCUGCAUUGUAGCAGACACAGACAAGUGGACGGUGCAGGUGGCCAGCAGUCAGAGACGAACCGCAGACGUCAACAAGCUGGGCAAGGAGGUGCUGGUGUCCAGCCUGGUUUCCAGCUUACUGCAGUCCACCCACCAGCUCUACAAACUCAACCUCUCUCCCAACUUUUGUAUAAUGCACCUUGAAGACCGCCUGCAGGAAAUCUACUUCAAGAGUAAGAUGCUUGCUGAGUAUUUAAAGGGCCAGACGAGAGUCCAUGUGAAAGAACUGGGCAUGGUCUUAGGAAUCGAGUCCAGCGACCUCCCCCUGCUAGCUGCUGUGGCCAGCACUCACUCCCCCUACGUGGCUCAGAUUCUACUAUGAGGCUGUAUAGACACAUCCUAAACAGCCUGGGCGAUGCCAAUUAGGCUCCCAAGGACACGACGGUGCACAGUCCGCAGCCUGCCCCUAAUGUGUUUUUUUUGGUUAAGUGGAAUAUUUGCCUCAAGCCUUCGGGGCGCACAUCUCUCCACAGACCACGUCCACAGCCUGCACCUCGGCUCGGUCGCUGCUGUGUCAGGUGCAGUGCUGAUGUUGCAUCACGGGGGGGAGCCAGAGACCACAGAUGCCCAUAUGGAGCGACUGAAUCCCCCUGAUGACCUCCUCUUGUUGUUUGAAUGUUUCUUUUUCAAUGGAUACAAAAGCCAAAGACAUUAUUGAUAUUUCCAAGUUGUGAAUGAAACGUAGCUGCAGUAAAAUAACAGUGACAUUUAUUUCUUCAGCUGUUCUUUUUUUCUGUACAAUCUUAAACCCAGUUGUAUGAAGAUAUGGACGGCAACAGAUGGACAAUUUUAAACUUCACUUUGAGUAGAUGUUCAUAUGAUUGAGAAUAAUAGUUUCAUACCAACUACAUUAUGUAUUUGUUUACAUGCCAGAUGUCCCUCAGAUAUCUUAAUGGCAAAUAAAUUCAGUUCAGUUUUUUUUUAGACUGCACAUAGGAUUUUAAAGCUUCUUGUUUGGCCGUAAUCAAUGUACACGUUCAUUUAUAUUUUGACAGCUUCUGAAAUGGUAUAAAGUGGCUUUGACAUUCUUAUCCAAGGUACAGCUCUACCUCAGAUCUUCAUAUGGGCAGUAGAUGACACACAUUCACAGCUGCCCCAUAGAAAACCCUGAGGUGAACUUUUAAGCUAUUCUAAUCAGAAUGUCGGCGUUGACUGUGUUCAGACUCUAUGCUGUUAGUUGACAAAGGGUAGGUCGUUAAAUUCCUUAUGAUGACAAGGAAAAAAGAAGAAAAAAAUAAAAAAUUUUGUGUUAGUGUGAUUGUGAUGGAGCCCUUUCUACUGUGGAAAAGCUAAAACUUGCACCAUUUGCGAAUAUUUUACAACCAAAAUGCUGAAAUAUUUUCACACUUUUGUAACUUUGCCACCUUUAUACGAUGUUUACGGCGUUGAUGUUUGCUGCAAAGAGAGGAAGAGGAACACAGUAGGCCUUAUAGUGCAUUUGUAUGUUGGUUAACACUAUAUAAACAGGCUCCUGAGACGGUUAUAAAAACAACACAAAAAGGGAAGUGUAAUAACACUUCUAUGUUCAGAUCGAUGAUUGAGGCUCGUAUGCCACAGAAGCAGGGUGCGAUUUGGGCGUGAAGCGGAGCUAGAGUUGGUUUCCCAGCUUCUUCUGUUAGUAUUGUGAUUUGGAUGACAUGCUGGUCAUAAGGUGGAACCUGCAGCAGCAGGGCCAAUAAGAUCUUGUUUCGUUAUUAAUAAUAUUUCUAGUUGUGAAUUGUUGACAGAAUUGAGAAUUGUGUAUGUAUAAUUUCUUUGUUUGAAGUCAAAAAUGAACCCUUUUCUCAUUUAUUUUCAGAUACUCUCAUGUCUUUAUAGCACCUUACCACUGUACUGUGCUUUUAAAAAGUUAACUUGUCACCAGCGCAAAGUUUUAUUUAAAUCCCAGUUUUAUUGAAAUCAAAUCGCACCCUCACAGCCGUAUGUUCCCAAGUCUUAACGCGAAGGUGACGCGAGGCCACAGCAGGCUAUUGUAGAGCUCCUUCUGCUGAACAUUUGAUAUAUAUUAAUGCUUGAUACUGUAUAUGUCAGCCUACAUUUUGUAUGACCCAGCUAUUCUGUUUAAAAGGUAAGAAUUUCUAUCUGCUUUUUCCUCUUUGAAUAUGGAUAAAUUAUUUAGUUGCCCAUGGUAUGUGUAUUGAUUUAUGUAAACUGUACAUACUCUGUUUAUUUCCAUGUAUCUGUACAGAAUGUCUUUAAAGAAUUCUUUCCUCAAAUUAUCUUUUUCCCAAUUUUAUGGGAAAGUUGUGCAAUAAAGAUGCUGAUGUUGAGAAUU